AUGGCUAACUCCGGCAUAGCAUCUCGAUGGAGAAAACUGAGCGGCGAGGACAGCUGGGAUGGUCUACUCCAUCCCCUAGAUCUCGAUCUCCGUCGCUACAUCAUUCACUACGGCCAAAGGACCGGCUCCGUCGGAGACCUUUUUAAUUACAACAAACACGGUCAACUUCCCAAAGAGAGGUUUUUCCAAGAGGCCGGCCUUGUAAAAGGAAAUGAGUUCAAGUACUACGUGUCUCAUUACAUUUAUGCAGUGACCACGGACGAUGGGAAGCGUGUUCUUGGAAGGAGAGACAUUUUAAUUGCUCGGAGAGGAACCGUAACUUUCUCCGAGUGGCUUAAUAAUCUCAACUCCACUCAACAAUCUGCUGAACAACUGUUCGGGACUGAAUCUGAGGCAAUGGUGCACUCCGGCUUCCUUUCUCUCUAUACAGAAACAAGGUCGGAUUCUAUUGAUGUGAAGACGAGUGCCAUACGCCAGGUACGUGAAGCCUUGAAAGAACUGCUGACUAAAUACAAAGACGAAGAAGCAAGCACCACCGUCACAAGGUUUAGCUUGGGUGGAGUCCUGGCCACGCUCAACGCAAUGGACAGUUGCAAAUGGAUCCAACAGGGCCAGUUCAUAUCAUUUGCCGCCGUGCAUGGUGACAGCCUUCACAUACGGCGCUCCUCGCGUCGGAGGCUGUGGUCUGGAGAAAUUAUCCAGCAAACUGGAUCAUCUUCAUAUUCUACGCAUUAA